CGCACGCACAAAUCCAAAUUUACGCACCAAGCAAGAAUUACACACGUUCAAGUCAGAGAGAGGCUGUUUUCUCUCCAUAAAUAUUGAGGGUCUGAAGAGCCACGUGUGGCUCGGAGCCUCAGGUAACUUACUGAACAAAAGGAAAAACAUGUUUUUAUUGUUUAGUUGGAACAGCAUCGUUUGUGAAUUAGUAUUUCAUCUCUAAACUGGAUCCUUCCAGCAGCAGCUCCGCUCUGACGCUCCUCCCUCCCUCGCGGGCUGCUCACGCGCCCGUCUGCAUCCUCUGCAGCACGCGGACACGCACACGCUACUGAUCAUCUGGCUGUCCAGGACUGACAAACUUCACCUGGAGUUAGAAGAAAAACAGAACAGCAGCAGGACUUUAUUUUUUAAAGGAUUUAAAUAACUUAUUUCUUUGUGGAUAAUUUGCUGAAGGUUUGAUGAGGACUUUGCUGUCGCCUCCUGUCCGAUGAUGGCGCGGGCAGUUACUGUCUCACUUCUGAUAACGCUGGAGAUCAUUUAUGUUUCUGCCAUCGACCCGCGGUUCAUGUCCGACCCACCAACUCUUAACAUCAACGGCACUCAUCGGAUGAACAAAUCAGACAACCUAGAGCUGAUUUGCAGAGGUCGGCAGUACGUGAGGUGGUCGACCCCACCAACAAGCACUCGCUUCUCCAUCAGCGACUGCAGCGGAUCAGGAUUUUUCUGCUCAGCGCUGACCAUCACCAAUGCUACCGUCAAUGAAACGGGAGAGUACCAGUGCUCGUACCCAGACCUGAAGGCUGAGGAUGGCAAGAAAGCGGUCUACGUCUUUGUCCACGAUCACAGGGUGCCGUUUGUUCCAUCCGUGAAGGAUUACGAGGUGGUGUUCAUCCGGGAGGGGGAGCGGGUGGUCAUACCGUGCCGAGGCUCACUAGAGAACCUUAAUGUUACUCUCAACAUCAAGUAUCCGAUCAAAGAGCUCCAUCCUGAUGGGAAGGACUUGGUUUGGGAGGCCAAGACGGGCUUCACCGUGCCCACUCAUCUGAUCAGCUAUGCUGGUGUGGUGUCCUGCCAGACCCAGAUCGGGAAUGAGACCUUCAAGUCUCCUCUGUACAUUGUGGCGGUUGUGGGAUACAAGAUCCAUGACCUCACCCUGACCCCCGGGCAGCAGAGGCUGGCGGUGGGGGAGCGGCUCCAGCUCAUCUGCACUGCCAACACCGAGCUGAACGUGGGCAUCGAAUUCAACUGGACCCACUCGGGUGGGGCCCUGAACUCCAGGACGCUCCACACGGUUCCCCACAAGAAGAAGCUGUGGAAUUCUCUGGAGCUUUCCAAUACUCUCAUUGUGGAGAACGUGACAGCAGAACACUCUGGCGAGUUCUUCUGCACCGCCUCCAGCGGGCAGAUGGAUGCAAGUGCCUCAGCGUAUGUCAAAGUAUAUGAAAAGCCUUUCAUUGAAAUGAAGGAGCCCUGGCCGAAGCUUUGGGAGGUAACGGUGGGAGCUCAAGCUAGUUAUCCUGUCAGAUACUCUGCAUACCCUGAGCCCAGCUUUAAAUGGUUAAAAGACGGCCAAGUACUUAAGGAAAGCUACAGAAUCAAGCAGAAGAGCGACGCUCUGGUCUUCCGCGGUGGAGUCAUGGAGGCAGACGAAGGAAACUACACAAUGAUCCUGAGCAACAAGGUCACAAAAGAGGAGCAGAGAUCCUCCUUCCAGCUGCUGGUCAAUUUGCCUCCUCGUAUUAUUGAGAAAGAAGUUCCUGUGGACAUGUACUCGUAUGGUGGGAGCCCUGAUCUGACAUGCACCGCUCGUGGGUUUCCCAUUCCUGAGAGCAUUCAGUGGCAGUGGAUGCCUAAGGAGGACUGCAGGGAAGCCUUCGUGCCUGGAGUGAUAAAGCCAGAGGUGGUGGAUAAGUGCAAAAACUGGAGAGAUAUCAGCAACAGCAGUGGGUACAACCAUAUAGAGAGAACUACAACUGAUAUCGAUCCUCAUGCAAAGAAAAUUGUAAGCACUUUAAGGAUUCGGAACGCAGACACCCACUCCCUCUACAGAUGCACGGCUUCUAAUAAAGUUGGGAAGGACCAUCGGAUCAUUAUUUUCCGUGUUACAAGCAACCUUGAAGUGAGCAUGUCUCCAUCUGAUAAGCCCUUGGAGGAGGACAACGUGGCUCUGAGGUGCAAGGCGGACAAACUCGUCUACACCAACCUCACCUGGUUCCUCGCCACCAACGUGUCCAAAUCCGAGCAGGAUGCUCCGAUUCAGCCCUGUCACUCCAUGACCCUCCAGCCCAUCACCCAGUCACAAGCUGCACUACCCUCUCAGCAGGGCACCAACAUCACCCUGGAGCUGAUGCUGCCCAAUGCAUCAUUUCAGGAUGAGGGCCUCUAUGCCUGUCAGGUGGUGAACAUAAAGACUGGGGUGAAGACCUGUCUUCUGCGGCGUCUGACUCUCCGAGAUCUCAUGGCUGCAAGAAUUCGCAAUAAUUUUACAGACCAGAAGGUAAACGUGAGUGCGACCAUCACCCUCCACUGCGAUGCCUUUGGGACCCCAAACCCAACAGUGGUGUGGACCAAAAACAACAACACGGUGGUGGAGGGCUCAGGUGUGAUUUUGAACCAGAACAACCUGACGAUUCAGCGUGUGAAACAGCAGGACAGCGGCCUGUACACCUGCACCGCCUGCAACGUCCGCGGCUGCUACACCUCACAGGCCGUCCUGACUGUUGAAGGUGCUGAGGAGAAGACUAACGUGGAGCUGAUUGUUCCCAUUGGCUCGGUGGUCAUAGCCAUGUUUUUCUGGCUGCUGAUCGUCUUUGUUAUCCGCGGCAGAAAGAGGCCAAACGUGGAUUUGAAGACCGGCUAUCUGUCCAUGAUCCUGGACUCAGAGGACAUGCCCAUGGACGAGCAGUGCGAAAGGCUCACCUAUGAUGCCAGCAAGUGGGAGUUCCCUCGGGACAGACUUAAACUGGGGGAACCACUGGGCCGAGGUGCGUUUGGACAGGUGGUGGAGGCCGCAGCCUUUGGUAUUGAGAAAGUUACCACCUGCACCACGGUUGCAGUUAAGAUGCUGAAAGAGGGAGCCACCACCAGUGAGUACCGCGCCUUGAUGUCGGAGCUGAAAAUCCUCAUCCACAUUGGACACCACCUCAAUGUUGUCAACCUGCUGGGAGCCUGCACCAAACCCGGGGGACCACUGAUGGUUAUUGUGGAAUACUGUAAAUAUGGAAACCUGUCCAGCUACCUGAAGUCAAAGCGAGGAGAGUACAGCCCCUACAAGAGGAAGCGGGUGGAGAGUGUGAGGUGGGCGUCUGCAGAGGAGGAUGUGACUGAAGGGGAUCUGGGUUUGGGAAAGGUCGCUCAGCUGGACAUCUGCACAGGAACCGCUGAAGACAAGCUUCCAGGCAACAACGUGAACACUGAUGAAGAGAGCUCCGUAGAUGACCAUCUGACCAUGGAAGACCUGAUAAGCUACAGCUUCCAGGUUGCCAAAGGAAUGGAGUUUCUUUCUUCACGAAAGUGCAUCCACAGGGAUCUGGCAGCCAGAAACAUCCUGCUCUCAGAGAACAACGUGGUCAAAAUCUGCGACUUUGGUCUCGCGAGAGACGUUUAUAAAGACCCUGACUACGUCCGCAAAGGAGACGCUCGUCUCCCUCUGAAGUGGAUGGCUCCUGAGACCAUUUUCGACCGGGUGUACACGACACAGAGCGAUGUUUGGUCCUUUGGGGUCCUUCUCUGGGAGAUCUUCUCCUUGGGUGCGUCUCCAUAUCCGGGCGUUUGCAUCGACGAGUCGUUCUGCAGGAGGCUUAAGGAAGGCACCAGGAUGAGGCCUCCAGAAUAUGCGACCUCUGAGAUAUAUCAGACCAUGUUGGACUGUUGGCUGGAUCGUCCCACAGAUAGACCCACGUUUGCAGAACUGGUGGAACAUCUGGGAAAUCUGCUUCAGGCCAACGCUCAACAGGAUGGAAAGGACUACAUUCCUCUGACAGCAGAUGAAGUAAAGCGAUCCUCAGCACCUGUAGAUCCCUACAUCAGGCCUCAAAGUCAGGAAAUGCUGUCCUGCCACUACGACCACCCGUCAUCACUCGGACUGUCCCAGCAGAGCGAGCGGUGCGGUCAGCCGGUCGGUGUCAAGACGUUUGAGGACCUCCCCUUGGUGCACAGCAGUGCAACGGAGGGACACUCAGACUGCAGGACGGGCUUCUCACCAGAGGAAGGAAAGAGUUUAAACCAUCAUCCGCCGGCCACGCCUAACUUCAGCCAACUGCUGCGCUGCAAGAGCAAGGAGUCUCUGGGUUCAGAGUCGUCCAAUCAGACGAGCGGCUAUCAGUCGGGCUACCACUCCGACGACACAGACACGCCCAUCUACGCCAACGAGGAGAUAAUCAUGAAGCACAACAAGCUGAAAAGGCCUCCUCUGCCUGAGACGCCCCACAAGUUCAGCACAGAGAUCCGCUACAGCACGCCGCCUGUCUGACCCGCGCCGUCAGCGCUUGUUUACGUUCCUCUGCGGGGAGGACGGCGUUACGGCCAGAGGGGUGCAGCAAGGUGACCGGCAGAAAAAAAAGUUGUAUAAUGAAGCGUGUGUCGCUUUGAAGGAGUGAAAUAUCAGGAGCCCAAACAGGACGCCACGCCCACUUCCUGAGGCCUGAUAUAUCUGUUUUCUCUCCUGACCUGGGAUCUUUACAUAAAUGAGUCAACAAAUGGCUUCUGUCUUGGUUUAUUCGUGUUGGCACAUCAGUCCGUUUGUACAGUUCUCAUUACCUACAUUAUUUUAUUAAAAAUAUUUUACUAGACCUGCAUUUAAUGUAACAAGUUUUCAAAAAUAAAAAAAAUCCAGAUUUA